AUGAGACUAAAGGAGCACAAUCAUGACGGACUCCAAUAUUUCACAACAAACAAAAAAGGGGAGAUCUUUGAAUUGAAGGCAGAGCUGAACAAUGAGAAGAAGGAGAAGAGAAAAGAGGCAGUUAAGAAGGUCAUUGCUGCCAUGACUGUUGGCAAGGAUGUCAGUUCUUUGUUCCCAGAUGUGGUCAACUGCAUGCAGACUGAUAAUCUGGAGCUGAAGAAAUUGGUCUAUCUAUACCUGAUGAACUACGCCAAGAGCCAGCCUGACAUGGCCAUAAUGGCAGUUAACAGCUUCGUCAAGGACUGUGAGGACCCCAACCCUCUGAUCCGAGCUCUCGCUGUCCGCACCAUGGGCUGCAUUCGAGUGGACAAGAUCACAGAGUACCUGUGUGAACCACUGAGGAAGUGCCUAAAGGAUGAGGACCCAUAUGUGAGGAAGACAGCAGCUGUUUGUGUAGCUAAACUUCAUGACAUCAAUGCCCAGAUGGUGGAGGACCAGGGCUUCCUGGACUCCCUGAGAGAUCUCAUUGCUGACUCGAAUCCCAUGGUUGUGGCCAAUGCAGUUGCUGCCUUAUCAGAGAUCAGUGAGUCUCACCCCAACAGCAACCUGCUGGACCUCAAUCCGCAGAACAUCAACAAGCUGCUGACGGCCCUCAAUGAGUGCACGGAGUGGGGGCAGACCUUCAUCCUGGACUGCCUGUCCAAUUACAACCCCAAGGAUGAGCGUGAGGCUCAAAGUAUCUGUGAGCGUGUCACACCCCGGCUGUCCCAUGCCAACUCAGCAGUGGUGCUGUCAGCUGUCAAGGUGCUGAUGAAGUUCUUGGAGCUGCUGCCCAAGGACUCCGACUACUACAACACAUUGCUGAAGAAGUUAUCUCCCCCACUGGUCACCUUGCUCUCUGGAGAGCCAGAGGUCCAGUAUGUGGCUCUGAGGAACAUCAACCUCAUCGUGCAGAAGAGGCCUGAGAUCCUAAAGCAGGAGAUCAAGGUGUUCUUUGUCAAGUACAACGACCCCAUCUAUGUGAAACUGGAGAAACUGGACAUCAUGAUCCGUUUGGCUUCUCAGGCCAACAUUGCUCAGGUUCUGGCUGAAUUGAAGGAAUAUGCCACAGAGGUAGAUGUGGACUUUGUGCGUAAGGCUGUACGAGCCAUCGGACGCUGUGCCAUUAAAGUGGAGCAAUCAGCCGAGCGCUGUGUCAGCACUCUGCUGGACUUGAUCCAGACUAAGGUCAACUACGUGGUUCAGGAGGCCAUUGUGGUCAUCAGGGACAUCUUCCGCAAGUACCCAAACAAGUAUGAAAGCAUCAUCGCCACACUCUGUGAGAACCUGGAUUCUCUGGAUGAGCCAGACGCUCGAGCUGCCAUGAUUUGGAUCGUUGGAGAGUACGCGGAGAGGAUCGACAACGCUGACGAGCUGCUGGAGAGCUUCCUCGAGGGCUUCCAUGAUGAGAGCACCCAGGUCCAGCUUACUCUGUUGACUGCAUUGUCAAGCUGUUCCUUAAGAAGACCAUCAGAGACUCAGGAGCUUGUGCAACAGGUCCUCAGCUUGGCCACUCAGGACUCUGACAACCCUGACCUGCGUGACAGGGGUUACAUUUAUUGGCGCCUGUUGUCCACUGACCCUGUGACUGCUAAAGUGGUGUUGUCAGAGAAGCCCCUGAUCUCAGAGGAGACUGACCUGAUAGAGCCCACGCUACUGGAUGAGCUCAUAUGCCACAUUGGUUCCCUGGCCUCCGUUUAUCACAAGCCCCCCAGCGUUGUGGAGGGAAGCCACGAUCACCGGAAGCACCUUCCUGUUCAGCACAGCAGCAUCGACACAGGUGAGAGCCCAGUGAGCGUGGGGCCGGCAGGAGCCAUGGACCAGCCACAUGUGAUCCCCAGCCAGGGUGACCUGCUGGGUGACCUGUUGAACCUAGACCUGGGCCCUCCAGUUAAUGUUCCCCAGGUCUCCUCCAUGCAGAUGGGUGCGGUGGACCUUCUUGGAGGAGGCCUGGACAGUUUGCUGGGGGGAGACCUGGGCGGAGGUGUUGGGGGAAGUCCAGCAGUGGGACAGAACUUUAUCCCAUCAUCUGUCCCGAACACUUUUGCUCCUUCACCUACACCUGCACCUCCUGCUGCCAGCAGUGGCCUUAACGACUUGUUUGAGCUUUCCACGGGCAUGGCCAUCACCACAGGAGGCUAUAUAGUCCCCAAAGCAGUGUGGCUUCCUGCAGUGAAAGCCAAGGGACUGGAGAUCUCUGGAACGUUCUCUCGCCGCCAGGGUCACAUGUACAUGGACAUGACCUUCACCAACAAAGCCCUGCAACACAUGACUGACUUUGCUAUCCAGUUUAACAAGAACAGUUUUGGGAUGAUCCCCACCAGUCCUCUGCCCAUUCACACGCCACUGAUGCCCAAUCAGAGUAUUGAGAUCUCUUUGCCUCUUAACACCAUUGGGCCAGUUAUGAAGAUGGAUCCUCUCAAUAAUCUGCAGGUGGCUGUAAAGAACAACAUCGAUGUGUUCUACUUUAGCGUACUCAUCCCUCUCAAUAUAUUCUUUGUUGAAGAUGGAAAAAUGGAGCGACAGGUGUUCUUGGCUACUUGGAAAGACAUCCCCAAUGAGAAUGAGCUACAGUAUCAGAUAAAAGAUUGCCACCUUAAUGCAGACACAGUGUCAGGGAAGCUGCAGAAUAACAACAUCUACACUAUUGCCAAGAGAAAUGUAGAAGGACAGGAUAUGCUGUACCAGUCCCUGAAGCUAACCAAUGGCAUCUGGAUCCUGGCCGAACUCCGCAUUCAGCCUGGCAACCCCAACUACACGCUCUCCCUCAAGUGUCGGGCCCCAGAAGUGUCUCAGUACGUCUACCAGAUGUACGAUUCUGUGCUGAAGAAUUGACCUGCUUCAACACUUGGCAACUCAUCCUGACAACAAACCGCAUUGUUUUUAUAUUUUUUCUGUAUGUGCAGCUGACUGCCAAAACAAGAGAAUCCAAACAGUAAAAGAUGGAUACUAAGCAAUUUUGGACAUUGAGUUUAUUUUUUCUCCAAGAGAUCAACAGGGUAAAUAUCAGAUGAGACAGCGGUAUUGGAAGUCAUUGCCAAAUGUGCUGUUGACAUUUCCUUUAUUUUGGCAGUUGAAAGCAUCAUUAGAUCCUCUUAAUUCUACCCCUGAUUUUACAUUUUUAUGUCUCAGAGAAAACGCUUUUACCAUUCCAUCCUCAACUUUAGCAUCUUAUUGUUGUAAAGAUGUGUCUGAUGAUGAAAUUGUCCUGAGUGGGGAAAAAAGUGACGUUUUUGUGAUUUUGUUUAGCUCACACUUCUUUUGAUUCACAUCCAGUUUUGAGCCUGGCUUUGCUUCAGUUGUACCUUCAGAGUAAACAUAAUGUUCAUUUGAUUUGAGCUGAUGUCUGACAACUUGCGUCACAUCCAGUGGGAUUGCUUAAUAUUUGUGCAGCAUUUAGUAACAAAUGUUACCUUUUCUUCCCUUAGUGUGCAGCACUGUGCACUAACUGAGAAACUGUGAGGUGUUUAGACACAAUGCGGACCAGAUUUAAGAAAUAAGAGCACUAGCAACUCUGCAACUGCAAAAUCCUGGUGUUUUAUCGUUGUUUCCGAUGCUGUUUCUGGUCUUCAUGGCGGAGUGGACGCAUAGAAGGUUGGAUGGCUGUAAAUGCAGCCAUCCAACCUUCACAAAGAUCUAAACCUUUUCCCCUCAGCCUUCAGCACAUCUUUGUUGACACUCCACCUUUUCCUGACGUGUUCUGACAAAAUAUAACUACAAUAUAAAAUCGUAUGAAGUAAUCAGAAAUCUUCAAAAGCAGAGCAACGCAAGCUGUCAUUUAGACUGUUAAAAAUCUUAGUUUUACAACCACUACACAAACCACAAUAGCUGAUUUUGUGUUCACACUCCAGUGCCACUGAUUUUUUUUUUUUGGACAGCCCCUUUUACUGCAACCACACUUUAUACAGCUACAUUGUCAUUCCUAUUUAUUGUGCAUCUACCUCUGUGUUUUCACAGGUUUUAUUGUCACAUUAGUGUUCCUUCUGUGCUGUGCUUUAAAUGUUAUUCGAAUGCCAGUGGUUUAUUUUUUUUGUUGCUUUUUUUUUCACCUAUACUGUGGCAAAUCAGUUAAGUCAGACUCACAGGACCACACAUUGAUGUAAACGAAAUGCCAAGUUUAUUUUUAAUACUCUGUCAAUAAAACCUUAUAAAGGUAGCAUAGUGUGAGCUAUAUGAACAUUUAGAGUGCAUAUGCCCAAAGCCCCAGAGUUGCACUGUAGGCCAGUAAUGGUGUAGUAGGAAAAUGUUUGAUAAGUAUGUAUGAAAAUGAAGCGUUGCCUCUAUUAACCCCCCCCCCAAUGUGUAAGUUGUGUUGGUGACAUUUUCGUACAUGAAGUCAGAACAUUAUUGUGCCUGCAUGAGCUCUCUGUCAUUUUAUCCUUUUUUCAUCCCAGCUGUGGAUUUGCUCUAGUUUCAGUGUUCGGCUCCUGACCUCCUGACCUCCCGUCUCCGUUGUAGAACUCUUGUUCUACAACAGUCUUAAACACACUCCUGCAAAUAGAAAUGCAUCCAAAGCUGUUGGCAGAAACACACAAUGUAUGGCGAGGUCUGUCACAGCAUCUUAUGAAAUGGAAACGUUUGUGUCCUUGCUGUAAGCCAGUUGUAAAUGAUUUGUAAUGGUCAUAGUACCACAUCUCGUGUCAAUAAAUCGUCAAACCCGU